AUGACAUAUAGGGAUGCCAAAGAUUGGACGAACUUUUUCUUCUCCCAGAGUCCACCUGACUUGACCAAACUCGACCUCGAGACUCAAGUGGAUUUCAAGCGUUUCCGUCCGGCAAGUUCCCUGACUACACUGAACAUGACGCCCAGCUCCAGCUCCAACGUGUUCCAGACUUACGCAAUCGGGGUUCAGCGGUCGUUAUGA